AUGGCGGCCUCCUCGUCCUCGAUCCUCCUGCUGGUCCUUGCCGCCACCUCUGUGGCCUGCGCGAGCGCCUCCACCUUCACCAUCAGGAACAACUGCGGCUUCACGCUCCGGCCGCGUGUGGGGCCGCACGGGCUGCUCCUUCAACGGCAACAGCGGGAGCUGCCAGACGGGCCGGGCGACUGCGCCGGCUCGCUCUCCUGCACGCUCUCCGGGAAGCCUCCCAUGACGCUGGCCGAGUUCACGCUCGGCGGCAGCCAGUACUUCUACGACAUCUCGGUGAUCGACGGCUACAACCUCGCCAUGCGAUUCUCCUGCAGCACCGGCGUGACCCUCAACUGUGGCAGCUCCAGCUGCCCCGACGCCUACCUCUUUCCCAACGACAACACCAAGACCCAUGCCUGCAGCGGCAACAGCAACUACCAGGUCACCUUCUGCCCAUGA